GCUGUAAUAAAGAGAAAUUUAGGAUUGGAAAAGCAAAAUGGGAAACCUAUGUUCUCAAGAAAAGAAUGGCACCCUCCUCUCUCUCUCUCUCUCUCUCUUCUUUAUCUAACAUUUACCAAUUCUGUUAUCAUCACAACCCAUUUUCUAUUUUUCUCUCCCAUUCCUAACAUCAGACCGGCCCUUAGUUCCCAUGGCUAAUUCCGGCCGAACGUCCCCCCCGUUUAUCGCUCUUCUUCUCUUCUCUCUACUCUCCGCCACCCAUUGUCUCCUCCAUAACGAUAAGCAGAAAAAUUGUAUGUACGCGGUGACCGUGGAAACAAGUUGCACGAAAGGAGCGGACACAUCAAAUCACGUCAGUCUUAGAUUCGGAGACACAAAUUCAAACGACAUUGUGGUUAGACGUUUGAAUUUGAAGCACGUGAGAAGAGUGGAUCCUUUAGAACCUCAAGUUCUAGACGACGUUUCCAGAAAACCAUUUCAAGUUUGUAUGGUUGAUCAGUUUCAAGUAACCGGAAAAUGCGUCACCUCACCCAUAUGUUACCUCUACCUUAAACUCUCUGGCACUGACGACUGGCGACCCGGAUUCGUCCAAGUCCGGUCCUUGAAGGGCCCACACCUUAGCUCCAAUUAUUUCUAUUUCCGGCGUGUAUUGCCUCGUCACGUUUGGCAUGGGUUUGACACGUGUCCAGGUGAAGUCACUCCUUUUGGCAUGAAACGUAAUAGAAAAGUUUAAAUUUAGCCCUUGUUGGAUUAAUUUCUUUACCAUGUCAAUUAAACAACCAAAAUAUGUUAUGUGGCUUCUUUUUUAAUUAACGUGAGAUUUUGUUUUAUCAUAACCCUUUUUUUAAAAAUGAAAAUAGCGACAAUGAAUCAUCCUACCAA